AAUCAGAUUUCAUCUUCGCCCCCUAUAAAGCCUCCUCGCCGAACCCAAUCCUCUUCAUCGCCUACCACUCAAUCUUCUCUGUAAUUUUCGCCCUAGUCUUAUCCCCAUUCAAUCCAGUUUCCGAUUCCAAUGGCGCCCAAGGCCGACAAGAAGGUGGCGGAGAAGAAGCCGGCGGAGGAGAAGAAGGCUCCCGCGUCCGAGAAAGCUCCGGCGGCGGCAGAGAAGAAGCCGGCCAAGGCCGGGAAGAAGCUCCCGAAGGAAUCCGGCGCAUCUGCCGCCGACAAGAAGAAGAAGAGGCCGAAGAAGAGCGUCGAGACCUACAAGAUCUACAUCUUCAAGGUGCUGAAGCAGGUUCAUCCGGACAUCGGGAUCUCCAGCAAGGCGAUGGUGAUCAUGAACAGCUUCAUCAACGACAUCUUCGAGAAGCUCGCCCAGGAGGCCUCCAAGCUCGCCCGCUACAACAAGAAGCCGACCAUCACCUCCAGGGAGAUCCAGACGGCGGUGAGGCUUGUCCUUCCCGGCGAACUGGCCAAGCACGCAGUGUCUGAGGGGACGAAGGCGGUCACCAAGUUCACCAGCAGUUGAAUUGUAUGAGAUUUAUUUCUCUUGUUUAUGUACCUCUAAGAUUAGGGUUUAUCAGUAGUACCGAAUGUGUCAGUUCCGCUCUUGAUUUUAAAAAAAGUUUCUGGAUGUUUAUGUGUGUUCUAUUGGAAAUGGAAUGUAUCUUUCAGAUAUCGAUACGAUUAGAUCUUCCAUGAUCUGUUUUCUUCAUAGAAUCAGCAAAUCCAGUUAUCUUCUUGAUGAUGAUCUUCUUCCAUUGAAUCGAAUUUUAAAGUCAAUUGAAUAAUUAUGCCCUGAUUACCAUUUUUCUGAUAGAUCUUGAGUUGUAAGAAUUCAUUUUCAUGGAUUUUGAACAAAAACACAGUAAAUCAAAUUUCUGUCCAAUU